AUGGAAGGAACGAAGGCAGUGGUGGCGAUGGUGGUCGUUCAGGUGGUGUUUGCCGGAGUGAGUAUUUUCUACAAGCUGGCGUUGAACGAUGGCAUGGAUAGCAGGAUCCUGAUAGCCUACCGCUAUCUCUUCGCCACUGCCUUCUUGGCUCCUCUUGCUUUCUUUUUAGAAAGGAUGAGUCGCCCAAAGAUGACAUGGAAGGUGUUGAUGUUAGUUUUCUUUUCUGGAUUUUUUGGUGGUACCCUAUCCCAAAACUUGUACUUAUCAAGCAUUCGGCUUACAUCCGCAACCUUCCCCUCGGCAAUGACUAAUCUUAUUCCAUCAAUGACAUUUAUUUUGGCAAUCAUAUUCAGAUUGGAGAGCUUGGAAAUUGGAUCAAUCUCUGGACGAGCCAAGAUUUUCGGCACACUUACGAGUGUAGGUGGCGCCAUGCUUCUCACCUUCUACAAAGGGGUGGCCAUAGCUAUUUGGCCAACACACAUCCACCUCCUCGACUCUCGUCACAAUGCAGUGAGCCAAGGUUCAAGUGAUCAUGUCAUGGGCUCAAUCUUGGCCAUCAUGAGUUGCCUAAGCUCUGCAAUUUGGUUCAUCAUUCAGGAAAAAAUUAGCAAAGAAUAUCCCUGUCACUACUCGAGCACAGCCCUGCUCUGCCUAAUGGCAGCUGCUCAAUCUGUUGCUUAUGCACUUUGUGUGGAGAGAAAUAUGUCCAACUGGAAAAUUGGAUUCGAUGUCAGGUUUCUCGCCGUUGCCUACUCGGGUGUAGUGGCAUCAGGACUGAUUCUUACAGUGAUGAGUUGGUGCAUCAAGAAGAAAGGGCCACUCUUUGCUUCAGCGUUCUACCCUUUGUUGCUUGUUAUUGUGGCAUUGUUGAGUUCCCUUUUGUUGGAUGAGAAGUUGCACCUUGGAAGUGUACUAGGGUCUGCCCUAAUUAUGGUAGGGUUGUUUGUGGUGCUUUGGGGGAAAUGGAGAGGUAGCCAAGCUUCAAACACAACUGGCUUCCAAGAAGAGAAGAAACAGAUAAUUCAUUUGGGAGGUGAAUGGGAGCAUAGGUCGAUGCCUCCAAAGUAA